AUGGGAGGCUCUAGAGGGAAGGAAGAGCCCUCGGUCCCCCUCACCUGGAAGGGACUGACACAGGAAGGCACUGGGUCUAUUUGCUGCUAUAUCCUGGCCCUUGGGCUAAGUCUGGGACCCAUGACCCGAGCACAGUCAGGGGCCCCUCCCAAACCUACCCUCUGGGCUGAGCCAGGCCAUGUGAUCACCCUGGGGAGCCCCGUGACCAUGUGGUGUCAGGGGACCCCGGAGGCCCAGGAGUACUAUCUGAAGAAAGAGAGAAGCUCUGAGUUCCAGUACAUGCAGAUGACACAGAAACCUGGGAACAAGAGUAAGUUCUACAUCCCUUCCAUGACAAGGCAUCACACAGGAAAAUAUUGCUGUUACUAUUACAGUGGCAUUCACGCAUCACACUACAGUGACCCUCUGGAGCUGGUGGUGACAGGAUUCCUCGGAAAACCCACCCUCCUAGCCCUGCCCAGCCCUGUCGUGACAUCAGGAGGGAAGGCGACCCUCCAGUGUGGCUCUUGGAGGGGAUUUGAAAAGUUCAUUCUGGUUCAGGAAGGUGAACACAAGCACUCCUGGUCCCUGGACUCACAGCAACAACAUGAUGGGCAUUUCGAUGCCCGGUUCUCUGUGGGUCCCGUGAACCCCGGCCACAGGUGGACAUUCAGAUGUUAUGGCUAUUUUAGGAAUGAUCCCCAGGUGUGGUCGGAACCAAGUGAUCCUCUGGACAUCCUGAUCCCAGGAGUGUCUAGGAAGCCCUCCCUCCUGGCCCAGCAGGGCCCUGUCAUGGCCCUUGGCGAGAGCCUGACCCUCCAGUGUCGCUCUGAUGUCGCCUACGACAAGUUUGCCCUGUCCACGGAGGGGCAACAAUACCUCACCCAGCACCCUGGCAGGCAGCCCCAGGCUGGGAUCUCUCAGGCCGACUUCCCCCUGGGCCCUGUGAGUGACUCCCAUGGGGGUCAGUACAGAUGCUAUGGUGGACAAAACCUCUCCUCCCAGUGGUCGGCCCCCAGCGACCCCUUGGACAUCCUGAUCUCAGGAUGGCUCUCUGACAGACCCUUCCUCUUGGUGGAGCCGGGCCCCACGGUGACCUCAGGAGAGAAUGUGACCCUGCUGUGUCAGUCACGGUACCCACUGGACACUUUCUUUCUGUCCAAGGAGGGGUCAGCCGGUCCCCCCCGGUGUCAAAGUUUAAAGAUCCAAGCUCAGCAGUACCAGGGCGAGUUCACCAUGAGUCCUGUGACCUCAGCCCAUGGGGGCACCUACAGGUGCUACAGCUCACUCAGUACCUCCCCCUACCUGUUGUCACACCCCAGUAACCUCCUGGAGCUGGUGGUCUCAGGAUCUUCUGGGAGCCAAAGUCCCCCACCCACAGGAACCACCUCAACACCGGGUUUGAAAAGGUACCUGAAGAUUCUGAUUGGGGUCUCGGUGGCCUUCGUCCUGCUCCUCUUCCUUCUCCUCUUCGUCCUCCAUCGACACCGGCGUCAGGGCAAACGCAAGACCCAGAGAGAGGCUGAUGUCCAAUUUCCUGUGGGAGCUGCGAAGCCAGAGCCUGAGGACCGAGGCCUGCAGAGGAGGUCCAGCCUGGCUGCUGACAUUCAGGAAGAACACCUCUAUGUUGCGGUAAAGGACACACAGCCUGAGGACGGGGUGGAGCUGGACAGUCGGAGCCAACAUGAUGAGGACCCCCAGGGGGUGACAUAUGCCCAGGUGAACUUCUCCAGGCUCAGGCAGGGAGUGGCCUCACAAACAGAAGAGGACAGACAGAGGGACAGUCAGGUUGCAGCAUCUGAAGCCCCUCAGGAUGUGAUCUACGCCCAGUUGUCCAGCUCAACUCUCCGACAGGAGAUGCCUAACCCUUUCUUGUCCCAAGGAGGGGACCCUCCAUCUGAGCCCAGCUUGUACACCACUCUGGCCACCCGUUAG